AUGACCAGACGACGUGUACAUGAAUCCAAAAAUGAUGGUAAGAGACUUCAUGCCAUUUGUAAAGGCAAGGAAUGCGAAUGGUAUGUGUAUGCAAGGAAGAUCGAAACUCACAACAAUACCAAUUAUGUGGUAAUGAAUAUGCAGAGAGAUCAUGCUCACACGUGCUCGCAAGUGUUGGAUCAGAGAUGGCUCACGUCCAAGUGGCUAGUUGAGCGUUUCAUGGAGAAAAUCAAAGCAAACCCCCACAUUCCAUUGGCAGUUAUACGGCAGUGUGUGGAUGAGGAGUUCGGGCUGAAAGUUGGUUGGAUGAAGGCAUAUCGCGCAAGAGACAGUGCAUUAGAAGGUAUCUUUGGCAAGGCGGGACUCCAAUACCGGAGACUGUUCUACUACAAAUCUGAAUUGGAACGGACACACCUUGAUUCGAGUGUGCAUAUACACUACGAGAACUUCAUGGAUCCUGAAGUUGUAGGCCCGAGAUUCUUGAGGCUUUAUUGUUGCCUCGGGCCUUUGAAAAAUGGUUGGAUGCGUUUUUUCCGUUCAACUAUCUUCUUGAUUGCCUGUUUCUUGAGAGGUAUGUACAGAGGCCAACUUAUGACGGCCAUGGGAAUUGAUCCAAACAAUGGUUGGUGGCCUAUUGCGUGGGCGGUGACUGAGGCAGAGAGCUAUGAUCAGUGGAAAUGGUUUCUCGCCUACCUAUCAGAGGACCUUUUUUAUGUCAAUUUUUUUUCCAAGUAA